UUACUGUGAGUCAGGCGGAACGAUUUAAAUUAGGGGGUGUUUCUUACAUAACGUCAAGACGGAAACGAAUUAUUUUGCCUCGUUUUCCUGCUUUUUAAUUCCUGCGGAUUUGCUGUAUUGUUUGAACGCUCGCGUACAGGUGAAAACAUGGCCAGUGCACCCCCACUGGAUGCCACCACUCCCCUGACAGGACCCGUGCCUCCUUCAUAUGAAGACACGAUGAAGGGGUCCUAUCCCCAGUACCCUCCCAACACAGGGUACCCUCCCCAGGGACCGAAGAUGGGAGAAUUCAACCAGCCACCAUACCUGGUACAGCCACCACACCCAGGGUACCCUCCCCAGGGACCGGAGAUGGGAAAGAUCAACCAGCCACCAUAUCCAGUACAGCCAAUGCAACCCCCCGUAACUAACCAAGUGGUGUCGAUGCAGACAAUCAUGGUGCAGCCCGGCGUGAUUUUCAGAGACCAGCCUGUCCAGAUGAACUGCCCAGCCUGCCAGCAGCUCAUUGUGACCCGGCUGGAGUAUACGUCCGGGACCCUCACCUGGCUGCUGUGUGGAGGACUUGCCAUCGUGGGGUGCCUCUAUGGUUGCUGCCUGAUCCCAUUCUGCAUCGAUGGUGCAAAAGACGUGAAUCACUGGUGUCCGAAUUGCAACCGAGUCAUUGGACACCACAGGCGCCUGUACAGCCAUGAAGUCACAGCUUUUCUUCGCAAAAUGUCUGCUCCACCAGCAUCCACACCAACGACUGUGAAUGUCGUACAAGUGCAGCCUCCGGUUCUGUUCUAUGACAGACCGCUCCAGAUGCUUUGUCCCAGAUGCCAGCACUCGAUUGUGACCAACAUAGUGUCCACUGCUGGGACAAUGACGUACCUUACAUGCGGAGCGCUUUUCCUUUUUGGGUGUGUCUUCGGCUGCUGUCUGAUUCCCUUCUGUGUGGACAGUCUGAAGGACUCCGUUCACACCUGUCCAAACUGCAAGAACGUUCUUGGCAUUCACAAACGUUGCUGAUAUUUUUCUUCAUCAUGAGCAAGUGAGAAACAACCAACCCCCAGAACAGGACAGCACCAAAAACGUGCUGAAUUUCUUUUUCAUGUGAACGAUUACUCUCUUUUAUCAUUUACUUUUUUUGUAGUGGAUUUUUUUAAAAGCAAAUCUGUCUAAUCAAAUAAAUGAAUAUAAUGCACUGCUACUUCUCCAAACUAGGAUGUAAUGAAGCAAUUCUGUCACUGUGACUCACAAGACUCUCAAUGUGAUGAGCACUCCAUUGUAAUCUCUGUUGAAUGUAUUUUAUCUGCUUUAUUAGCACUAUGCUUUACUAUGCUUGUAAACAUUUGUUUACAGGUUAUUAUUGUGGCAAAUAAAAGAUUACUUUUUAAACAGAA